AACUUGGGCCAUGGGGGAUCCCUCAUUUUUCAGCUCUUGUUUGAAUUUUCAAGGAUGCUUCCUAGCUAGUUCCCACGUUCAUGGUUAAGGAAUCGAAGUUUUUAAUAGGCCUAUUGCCAUUUAUACUCCACCCCAUAGUUCGCACCAAAAAAGAAACAAAACUGUAAUGGCCUCUCCAAAUUGGGUGUUACUUAUAAUUCAGUUCACCAUUCUUACACAUCUUUCCGUUCUCACCAUUACCCAUGGAGAUUCUGUCUGCGGAACCCAGGGUACUUAUAAGCAAAACAGUGCAUAUCAAAAGAACCUCAACGACACGUUAUCUUCUCUUACCGAAUCACAUAAUGGAAAUGGUUUCUUUACUGCAUCUUCAGAUUCUUCACAAGACGAUGAUCAGAGCACCACCACUACUUAUGCCGUUGCCCUAUGCCCUGGAGACUUUGAUGUCGAGAGCUGUCUUGGAUGUGUGAAGUCAGCUACCGAACGUCUAAGACGUGAUUGCCCCAACCAAAAGAAAGCGACAGGGUGGUAUUAUGGUACGUGUAUGUUAACCUACUCUAAUAGCACAUUUGAGAGAAACGAUGAAGUUCUAUCCAUUCGAGAAAGUUAUAUCUCUAACUCGGAUUCAAUCCUUGAUGCACUUGGAAACUUAUUCAAAGAGUUACAGGGUAAAGCAGCUGUAGAUGGGUACAAUACAACAUCUUACUCUGACGCUAUCAUUUUACCAAGGUCUACGGGGAGUAUUCAAGCGACUAUGCAAUGCUUUCCCAAUAUAUCUCACGACAUAUGUCAUGAGUGUUUGAUGAACGCUACUGAUUAUCUACUAACAUGCUGUAAUGGAAGUGCAGAAGUAGUAGUCUCCUACCGAUACUCAUGUUUCCUAAGAUACGCCAUUGAUCUUGUCAACUUUUCAGAUCCUCCAAUGCCACCAACGAAUCCGUCUACAAUUCAACCUCCAGGGAAAAAUAGAUCAAAUGUAAUCGGCCCAACCAUAGCAGCUGCAACUGUAGCAUUUGCCAUCUCCACCUUUUUUAUCUGGCUAAGGGUUCGCAGUAAAAAAGGGCACAAGGAAGAGGUGUUUGACGCAUUAGACGAUGACACUGGGGAGAUAAUUUACUUUAGAUUAAAUGAAAUGAACGCCGCUACUAGCAACUUCUCAGUUGCAAAUAAGCUUGGAGAAGGUGGUUUUGGUCCUGUUUUUUGGGGAGAGCUUUCGGAUGGUAAAAAGAUAGCAGUGAAAAGACUUUCCCACAACUCCAGUCAGGGAAUGCAAGAGUUCAAAACAGAAGUCAAACUAAUUAUAAAACUUCAACACAAGAAUCUUGUUAGGCUUUUGGGAUGCUGUAUGAAAGGGAAUGAAAGGCUUCUUGUCUACGAAUACAUGUGUAACAGUAGUCUCGAUAAGUACCUUUUUGAUCUUGAAAAAGCAAAGGAACUGAACUGGGCUAAGCGUGUUAAGAUAGUAAAUGGAAUAGCAAAAGGUCUUCGGUAUCUUCAUGAAGACUCUCGCCUCAAGAUCAUACAUAGAGACCUCAAAGCUAGCAAUGUUCUACUAGAUGAGGAGAUGAAUCCAAAAAUAUCAGAUUUUGGCACUGCUAGAAUUUUUGGAACAAAUCAAAUCGAAGCUAAUACUGAUAGAGUCGUUGGGACCUAUGGAUACAUGGCUCCGGAGUAUGCAAUGGAGGGAUUGUUCUCAAUCAAAUCUGAUGUGUAUAGUUUUGGUGUUCUUCUGCUUGAAAUUAUGUCUGGGAAAAAAAACAACAGGUUGUUCCACGAAGAGCAUGAUCAAAACCUGCUCUCCUAUGCAUGGAUGUUGUGGAAAGAAGGUAAAGGAGAGAAACUGAUAGAUGAAAAUUUGAAGGAUGAUUGUCCUGUCGAUGAGGCUCUUAAAUGGAUGCGUAUUGCUCUAUUAUGCAUUCAAGAAGACCCGAAUGAUCGUCCCACCAUGUCUUCAGUUGCCUCUAUGCUUGAAGGUGAAUGGAAAAUUGUUUCUGAGCCUAAACCUCCAAUGUCUUUUGGCCAAUUUAUAAUGUCUGAUCAAUCUUCUUCUACAUGGAAUGCUGAUGACUCUGGGUUUUAUUCUUCUAAUGAAACAACACACGAGCAAGAAGGGAAAUCUUCAGAAAAUAAUCGCAUCGAUCAUGGAGGCUAGCUUCCAGUGAAUAUACAACAUGUUACUGAUAUGCCAUGCCAACAUCGGUUAUUAACUUAUUAUAUAUAAAGUGUGCUUACUAUUCUUUUGUUUAAAUACUCAACGAGUGUACUGGUUGCCAUUGAAUUGAUUCAAGUAAUACACAAACCUCUCUCUCCAAUACUUUUCUUAUCAGACUAGCAUUUCAAUUACUGUAUUGUAAUUUUUUUCAUGGUAUCAAUGUACCACU